AUAAAGCCCGCGUUGAAGACUUUGUCACCCUCUCCCUUCAGUAAAAACCCAAACACACAAUUCUUUUGCUCUCUUCUCUCUCUCUCUCUCUGGUUACCGGUGGUUCUCAGGAGCUUUAGCUCUGCAUAGUAAGCAAAGCUAACCAUGCCACCCUGUUCACCACACCACCGUAGAGCCUUAACCACAAUUGGGUACCUCUAUCUCCUCCUCUUCUCUGUCUUUGCCCCAACCUCCUCUGCUUGCUCCAAUGGGAACUGCCAGCUUCUAGAAGCUUGUGCUGCGGCCACGGACUGUGGGCCGGGUCUGUACUGUGGCAACUGCCCUGCUGGUGGCAAGACUCAACCGGUUUGUACCAGAGGCCAAGCGGUCAUACCCACUUCAAUUGUUAAUGGCUUACCCUUCAACAAGUACACAUGGCUGGUGACUCAUAACUCUUUCAGCAUCGUCGAUGCGCCGCCUUUGCCUGGUGUUCAGAGACUCACAUUUUACAAUCAGGAAGAUACUGUUACUAACCAGUUGAGGAAUGGAGUGAGGGGGUUGAUGUUGGAUAUGUAUGAUUUCGAGAAUGAUAUCUGGCUCUGCCAUUCGUUUCGGGGGCAAUGCUACAACUUCACUGCGUUUCAACCUGCAAUUAACACUUUGACGGAGGUGGAAGCAUUUUUAAGCGAGAACCCAACAGAGAUUGUGACUAUUAUAAUCGAGGACUAUGUGCAUACUUCAAAGGGGUUAACAACAUUGUUUACUAAGGCUGGGUUGGACAAAUAUUGGUUUCCUGUAUCCAAAAUGCCGAGAAAGGGUGAGGACUGGCCCACUGUGACUGAGAUGGUGCAAGACAAUCACCGGCUUAUUGUUUUCACCUCUGUUGCUUCGAAGGAAGCACAGGAAGGAGUAGCUUACCAAUGGAAGUACAUGGUGGAAAAUGAAGCCGGAGAUCCUGGGGUCAAACCGGGGUCGUGCCCGAAGAGGAAAGAAUCAAAGGCACUGAAUUCAAAAAGUGCGUCUCUUUUCUUCCAAAAUUAUUUCCCAACAUAUCCAGUUGAAUCCGAAGCUUGCAAAGAGCAUUCAACUCCACUUGAAGCGAUGGUUGGAACCUGCUUCAAAGCAGCUGGGGUGAUGCCAAACUUUUUGGCAGUCAACUAUUACAUGAGGAGUGAUGCCGGAGGUGUAUUUGAUGCUGUUGAUAGAAUGAAUGGACCAACACUUUGUGGGUGUAGUACUCUCGCUGCCUGCCAGGCUGGAGCACCUUUUGGAUCCUGCAAGAAUGUUUCUGUACCUACUAGAAGUCCAGCAACCAACAAUGCAGGAAGCUUUACUGGCUCUGUUCAGUUUGCAAAUUCUGCUCCAACACUUUCUUCUACGAAUCGUGUGGUUGCCUUUUUGUUUUAUCUUCCACUGAUGGCAUUUUGGUUAUGACUGCAACAUCUACAUACUAGGAUAGGCAGUGAGUUACUUCUUGAGGUGUUUCUAUUAUAUUAUAUCAUACUAAAGUUUAGAGCAGUGGCUGAGCACUCUGCCUAGUUGUGUGGAAGGUGAAGGUCGACUAGUUCUCUGGUACCUAGAGUAAUGACACGUCAUUUUAAAAGACAAAGGUUUGUAUGACUUGCCGAAGAAAACAUAACUUAUGCAACAAAUUAUGGGUUGCAAGUGAAGAUGAUAGUGACCAUGAAGCACCAAGAAUUAGUUCAGGUAUGUAAUGUGCUUCGUUAUUUAGGUGGUUCUUCAAAUAUAUGAAUGUUGACAAAUUCACCCUAUAAAUUUUUGCAACUUACCUAGUUAUCUUUAAAACUCAAUGCAAAUGUUCCGGUACUUAUCAGAA